CUCAUUUUCGUGAGAAUUUAAGGAGAGAAGAAGAGUGAGAAAAUUUUAGUUGUGCAUAAAAUUUUCAUUUCUCUAUUCUUACCCAUCUCAUCUUUAUAGAGUUAUAAAUUUAGCAUGAUCAGUUCACAAGAUUAGAAUAAGGUAAGUAAUUUUAAUUAUAUUAAAUUUUUAUUAAAUUUUACUUGAAUUUAUUUUUACCUAUAUUUGAUUAUCACGUCAUUACAUCCCGCCCGUUUAUAAAUUGGGUCAACGUAGGUUCGAGUCGAGUUACGCCUUUAACCCGUUUACCAAUUUACAACCUUUCUGGACUCUGCCCGUGAACCUUUUUGCCACGCGUACUUACGCAGGCCCCUCUCCUCUUCGUAGUCUUCAAUGUGUGAUAGCCAUGGAGGGGCCGGCUAAAUCGGUCAAAAUGGCCGGCGCUGCACCAUGUACAGUGCUGCCUGCUGCGUGUCAGGCAUAAUUAUAUCCUUUACUCUUCCUCCGGAAGACCGGCGGGCCCCGCUGGACUCCGGAGCCCGCCUGGGUAAUUUGGGAAUUGCAAAAUCGUGGCUUUAAAAGGGGGAGGAAGGAGGACUGUAAAUCAGAGUAAAUCGCACUGGGGAGAAGCAGAGGAGAGAGGGGAUCCACGCAGAGCACAUCACCUCCAAUUGCCCUUUUGGGUUAGCCAGCAAAAAUGGGCGCCGACGGCCAAAUGUCCGGCCCUCCCAAGCCCCAGAACUCCGACGCCGGCUCCGACGUUUACCGGCGAGUGCCCCACUCAAAGCCGCCAUUCACGCUGAGCCAAAUCAAGAAGGCCAUCCCGCCGCACUGCUUCAAGCGCUCCCUCAUCCGCUCCUUCUCCUACGUCGUCUCUGACCUCGCCGUCCUCUGCCUCCUCGCCUACGUCUGCACUCACUACUUCCACCGCCUCCCCCGGGUAGCGGCCGCCCUCUCCUGGCCCGCCUUCUGGCUCCUCCAGGGCUUCGUCCUCGUCGGCUACUGGUGCCUGGCCCACGAGUGCGGUCACCACGCCUUCAGCGAGUACGAGUGGCUAGACGACGUCGUCGGCUUCGUCAUCCACUCCUCCAUCCUCGUCCCCUACUUCUCCUGGAAGCUCAGCCACCGCCUCCACCACGCCAACAUCGCCCUCCUCGAGAAGGACGAGUCCUUCGUCCCCAAGUUCAAAUCCGACAUCCCCUGGUACUACCGCCACUUCAACCACCCUCCGGGUCGGGUCCUGAUUGUCCUCGGGUCGGGUCUCGCCGGCUGGCCCCUCUACCUCGCGUGCAACAUCACCGGCCGGUCCUACGACCGGUUGGCCUGCCACUUCGACCCCUACAGCCCCAUGUACGCCGACCGCGAUCGCACCCUCAUCUUCCUCUCCGACGCCGGCGUCCUCGCCAGCGCGUACGCGUGGUGGCGCGUGGCGGAGGUGACGGGGUUCUCCUGGUUUUUUGCGGCGUUCGUGGCGCCGAUGCUGGUGAUGCACGCGACCGUCGUGCUGAUAAUUUACCUGCACCACACGCACCCGUCGCUGCCGCACUACAACUUGUCGGAGUGGGACUGGCUCCAGGGGGCGUUGUCGACGGUGGACAGAGACUAUGGAGUUCUGAACAAGGUAUUUCAUCACAUAGCGGACACGCACGUGCUCCACCACCUGUUGUCGUCGAUUCCGCAUUACCACGCUGAGGAGGCGACGAGGGCGAUCAAGCCGGUGCUCGGAGAGUACUACCAGUCCGACAGAACUCCGAUACAGAAGGCGCUGUGGAGGGAGGUGAGGGAGUGUAUCUACGUGGAGCCUGACGAGGGAUGUCCGAACAAGAAUGUUUUCUGGUUUAAUAAUAAGGUAGAUGGAAAGUGAGUGUGAAGAUUGCCUGAAAAUGCAUGGGGAUUGAGGUGGAGGUACGCAGGUUGAUUAGCGUGUUGUAAUUUUGGGCGAAGGAGACUCUGUAGUCUUGGGCUGUAAUCACUCUCUCUGCGCUUCGGUAUUUCUAGUAAUGCUCUCAAGUGGCUUGCUUAACUUCUCUGUACUUUCUUUUUGUUCCUUGAAUAAAUUCCUCUAUGAUUGCGCAAUAAAUAAAGCAAAUAAAAUUUUAAACAAA